AUGAGCGGUAUUGUCUGUUUGCAUACCAGGAUGAAUGCCACCGCCGCGGGGAUAGCUGCUGCGCUGAUGGAGUGGUUUGAUUUGUUUGGCGUUGUGAAGACGUGGGUGUCUGACUGUGUCAAAAUCGAGAUCAUCCUCAAAGUCUCCAGGUUGUUCGGUGCGCACCAUCAGUUUGUUACGUCAUAUUGUCCGUUGGCGGACGGGACUGUUGAAGUUGUCAAUCGGGUCAUUGUUCGGACCCUGAAGACACUUUGCAGUGAAUGCUUUUGGAGCCGGGAGCGUGGCCCUCAAUUCUACCGCUAUUUCAAUCUGCUUUGA